UCAAUUAACAGGGGACUUCCAAGGAAAUGCAUGUGUCUAUUCCAGUGUACACCCAAAAUCAAAUGGCGAACAUUUUCCUCAACUUAGCUCUUCUUGUCAUCAUCCAUUUUGCUAUGCUUGCUUUCUCUACCUCCAUACUUACAGACCAGUCGGCCCUUCUUGCAUUGAAAGAUCAUGUUAUCCACGAUCCUGGAAAUGUGUUGGCAACUAAUUGGUCAUCUUCUACCCCUGUUUGCAAUUGGUUUGGUGUCACCUGCGGGUCCAAACACCGCAGAGUCACGAUUCUAAACCUUUCUGGAUUAGAACUCGUGGGCACCCUCCCACCCCACUUGGGAAAUUUAUCAUUCCUUUCUCUUCUUUCCAUCAGUGGUAACAGUUUUCAUGACGGAUUACCUGUCCAAUUAUCGAAACUGAAACGACUGAAAUGUAUAGACUUUGGUAACAACAGAUUCAGUGGAGAAAUCCCUUUCUCUUUAGGCUAUUUGCCAAAGCUAAAGAUCUUGAGCUUGUAUGGAAACCAGCUUUCAGGUUCAAUACCCUCCUCCAUCUUCAAUAUAUCUUCGUUGCAAAUUAUUGAUCUAAACAGUAAUAUGCUCACCGGUUCCAUACCCUCUGUUCUAAUCGAUUUGCUUUCGCUCGAAGUCAUCAAUUUCAACGUCAAUAAUCUCACUGGUCAUUUCCCAAAGGAUAUGUUUGAUCGUCUUCCAAAUUUGAAAGUACUGUUCUUGAGCGUUAACAUGCUUUCAGGAAGAAUUCCUGCCAGUUUGUUCAAGUGCAAAAAAUUACAAACUUUAUUCUUAUCACUUAACCGAUUGGAGGGGAGUCUACCGGUAGAGAUUGGGAAUUUGAGCAUGCUUCAAUUCUUCUCUAUUGGUCAGAACCACUUUCAAGGUGAAAUUCCAGAACAGAUUGGGAAUCUAACUCGUCUUAGGCAGUUUGAUUGUUCCCAUAACAACUUCACAGGUAUGAUACCACAACAGAUUGGCAACCUAAAGAUUCUUGAAUUCUUGAAUUUGGAAGAUAACAAACUUGUUGGUCCAAUUCCUCCUGCAAUAUUCAAUACAUCAACUCUGCAUGUCAUUUCUCUGCUACUAAAUCAGUUCUCUGGCAGUCUUCCAUCAAACAUGGGAAAUUGGCUUCCAAACUUGGAGGAAUUAUAUAUGGGGAACAAUCAACUUGCUGGUCCAUUCCCAAUGUCUAUUUCCAAUGCCUCAAAGCUUAUUAUUCUUGAUAUGUCACACAAUUACAUUUCAGGGUCUAUUCCUGACACUCUUGGCAAUCUAAAAAAUUUGAAGAAAAUCAACCUGGAAGUUAAUAAUCUAACUUCCUCAGGGAUGAGCUUUCUCUCUUCUUUGAUAAACUGUAGAGGCUUGGAAGUCAUGGAUUUUGGUAGCAACCAAUUGAUCAGUGGUAAACUCCCAGGUUCGGUAGGAAAUUUCUCAGAUUCUCUUCAGGUAUUCUUUGGUGCUAGGUGCAACAUCAGGGGUAGCAUCCCGAGUGAAUUUGGCAACUUAAGUCACUUGAUGGCCAUAAAGCUAGAUGGCAAUAAAUUGACAGGAAUGAUUCCUACUACACUAGGAGGAUUAAAAGAGCUGCAGAGUCUUUCUCUUUCAGACAAUAAGUUAGAAGGAUGGAUCCCGUCCGAGUUAUGUCAGCUAAACAAGUUGGGUUUCUUGGUCUUGACCAACAACAAAAUGUCUGGACCGAUACCUUCUUGCUUGGGUGAUGUUGUUUCUUUGAGGCAACUACUCCUUGGCUCCAAUAUGUUUUCUUCUUCAAUACCUUCAACCUUGACAGGGCUUAAUGAUCUCCUGAUCCUGAACUUGUCUUCAAAUUCUCUCACUGGUCCUCUUCCAAUUGAUAUUGGAAACUGGAAAGUUGUGACUAGUAUGGAUUUGUCGAACAAUCAGUUCUCGAGUGAUAUCCCUACUGGAGUUGCAGAUCUCAAUGACCUCACUUAUUUUUCUUUAUCCGAUAAUAGAAUCACAGGCUCUAUUCCUGAUUCAUUUGGUGACUUGCUGAACUUGGAAACCUUGGAUUUGUCGAGAAACAGUCUAUCCGGAGAGAUUCCCAAGUCCUUAGAGAAACUUCGUUAUCUCAAAUAUUUCAAUGUCUCUUUCAAUAGACUUCAAGGAGAAAUUCCCAAUGGUGGAUCAUUCGGAAACUACUCAAUUGAAUCAUUCGAGGGGAAUGCAGCAUUGUGCGGUGCAGCUCAACUUCGUGUCCCAAGCUGCAAAACUAAGCCUCAUAGAAAUUCCAAGGCAAGAACUAAGCUCAUAACGUAUGUAGCACUACCUGUUGCCUCUACAAUUUUGGCGGUGGCUCUUAUUAUCGUUAUCUUGCAAAGUAGGAAGAAGAAAGAAACAUUAGAAACCCAAGAGCAAGAAGAGUUGUUACCUUUAAGAAUGUGGAGACAAUUUUCAUACCAAGAGCUCCAUCAAGCUACUGAUGGAUUCUGUGAUAGCAGAUUGCUUGGUAGCGGAAGUUAUGGUUCAGUAUAUCAAGGGACUCUCCCAGAUGGAAUGACAUUUGCAGUAAAAGUCUUCAAGUUAGAGCUAAAAGGAGCCCUUAAGAGCUUUGACAUCGAAUGUGAAGUUCUCCGCAACAUCCGUCACCGAAAUUUAACCAAAAUCAUAAGUACGUGCUCUAAUAAUCUUGAUUUCAGAGCCUUGGUACUUGAGUUUAUGCCCAAUGGGAGUCUUGAUGAAUGGUUGUAUUCCAGCAAUCAUUUUCUGGAUAUCCUACAAAGGUUGAUCAUACUGAUAGAUGUUGCAUCUGCUUUAGAGUAUCUCCAUCAUGGUCAUACAACACCAGUGGUUCAUUGCGAUUUAAAGCCCAGCAAUGUUCUAUUAGAUGAAGAUAUGGUUGCGCAUUUAACUGAUUUUGGAAUCGCGAGACUCUUAUGUGAAGAGGAUUCGAUGAUCCAAACCAUGACCCUUGCAACCAUAGGAUAUAUGGCUCCAGAGUAUGGAUCAGAAGGAAUUGUUUCAAUAAAAGGUGAUGUGUAUAGUUUCGGUAUUCUUAUGAUGGAAACUAUCUUGAGAAAGAAGCCUACAGAUGAAAUGUUUGUAGGAGAAAUGAGCUUGAAGAAUUUAGCGGAAGAGUCGUUAGCAUCUAUGCUAAACCAAGUUGGAGACGCCAAUUUUCUAAGCACCACUGAAAAGAAACAUUUGGUAGCCAACAAUUGUGCAUUAUCAAUUUUGCAAGUUGCAUUGGAAUGUUCAGGGGAGAUACCAGAUGAAAGGCUUGAUAUGAAACAAGUUGUUACAAAGCUAGAAAAGAUCAAAGUCAACUUGUUGACGGAUAUUGAAUGAAUUUGAUGAUCAGGCAUACAAGUACUAUAUGUUCUCUUU